AGAAAUAUACACAACUGACCCUAGAUUUUGAUGUACCAUAAUAAUAAUUGAAAUGUAAGAAGCUUCCAUACAAACACUCAUCAUCAUGGUGAUGCCACAGUUUUGUAUAGGAAUUUUCCUUCUAUUUCGAAUUAAGACUUUUGCACAGUUCUGUCCUUAUCCAGAUAAGUUUUAUAUCAAGAGAGGAGUGAAUACAUACUGUCAGAAGAUUUAUAACUGUAUACCAGGCUACGAGAUUCGUCCCUGUGACAAAUCCUGCGAGGUGGAGAAAUGUAUUCCAUGUCCCACUGGAACAUAUAAACCAUUCCUUAGUCACUCUGAUGAUCCAAUCCGAAAACAGUGCUUAAAACCAGACUUAAAUUGUGACCCAAGAGUUACUAUUCCAGUAGAAAAUGGGACUUACUCUCCAAGAUGUGCUAGGCAGAAAAACUGUGCUUGUAAUCACGGAAAGUGUUUCCAUGGCAACCCAUGUCAAUGUGAAAGAAACUUUGAACCAUGUGGUAUCGAUGAAGAGAUGAAUUAUAAGGGAAAGUGUAUUAAGUGUAUGGAAGGCUAUAUGAAGCCUUACAGAGGUUGUAACCAGUGUGAAAGAAUCGUUCCAACACCACCCAAGUUUCAGAGAGAGACCAAGAGGGAGGAGGGGCAAACUCUCAAUAUGUAA